AUGAGCCUGCUCCCGUCGGCUAGGAUCAAACGCCGGCAGCCAGCGAGAGGAAGAGGAGCUAUGUUACGUAGCCAACUGAUAUUAUUCCUUCUAUGCCUUUCAACCAAUAAGACACUUGCAAAAAAUCAAGAACAACCUCGUUAUGAUACGGCAUAUGCCUGUGAGGGUAAGACUUUGCGCAUUGAAUGUAAGGAGGGAGAACUUAUUAACCUAAUUAGAGCUAAUUACGGACGUUUUUCCAUUACAAUUUGUAAUGACCAUGGAAAUACAGAUUGGAGUGUUAAUUGUAUGUCACCAAAAUCACUGCGCGUUCUACAUUCAAGGUGCAGUCAACAACAAAAUUGUAGCAUUUUAGCUAGCACUUCAUUGUUUGGUGAACCAUGUGCAGGAACUUUGAAGUAUUUAGAAGCUCAUUACCAAUGUGUACCUCCUGCAUUGACAACUACAACGAGCAGGCCAAGCCCUCCAUGGCUAAUGACAUCGCAACCAAGUGUCUGGAGUACUGCAAAAGCAGCAACAAUAAGGCCUCCAGUUCCUACUCUUCCUGCCCCUCAAAUCACUACAUCAACCACCAGCAAAGCAACAACAGUUGCAACUACAACUACAACCACUACCACCACAACUACUACAACUACCACAAUAAGAACAUUUCCCGAGGAUGGCAUAGACAGUGUCACAACUCAUUCUUCUACAACUGUGCAAAUACUUCCAUCUCCAACUUCUACAUCUUACCCUUAUACUGGGACUGGAGGAAGUGUAAUAGAAGAUUCUGAAAUGUGUCCACCUGCAGUAGCCCGUGGGCUCACCUGGAACUGGACUAAAGUUAGUGAGUUCAGUGUUCAACCUUGUCCUGGUGGAGCUUCAGGGUUAGCAAGAUGGCGCUGUCUUCCUGGUCCACCGCCUCGUAGAGCUUCUCCUACUCCUGAUCUCAGUGAAUGUCGCUCUCUUUGGCUUACAAGUCUUGAUACUAGAAUUGCAGAAGGAGAUGCAAUAAUCAGUAUUGUUAAUGAUUUAUCAGAGGUUACAGAUAGUAAAACACUUUAUGGUGGUGACAUGAUGACUACUACUCAAAUCAUAAAGAAAAUGGCAAACAAAAUGUCUGUCGAUAUUCAAACAUUUCCUGAUGCACGACAAAGAGAAGCCAUUGUUACUGAACUAUUGCAUGGAGUUGUACGGACUGGUAGCAACUUAUUAGAUCCAGCUAAGCUACCUUCAUGGCGUGAUUUAACUCAUAAAGAACAGAUGCGUGUGGCAACUUCUCUUCUUGUAGGAAUUGAAGAAAACUCCUUUCUUCUUGCUGACACUGUCGUCAGAGAAAAAACAGUACCCCAUAGAGAGAAAAAUAUAUUUCUAGAAAUACGUGUUGUUAAAACUGCUAAUGUUGAUACUGAAGAAUUUAGUAGUAGUAGUUCUAUUACAAAUGAAUAUGGUGAGGCUGGAGAAUCAAACAGUGGGGAUAAUUGGCUGAGACUUGAAAAGAAGGCUCUUUUGGAUAACAGCGAAGGAAACUUCUUAAGAUUAGUCUACAUUGCUUUUGAUCAUUUGGAAGAUAUUUUACAGCCCCUGUCACAUGCUAAUGUUUCAAGGAUAGUCAAUAGUAAAGUGAUUUCUGCAUCACUUGGCAAAGGAAGGCAUAUUCAGUUAUCUCAUCCGGUGACAAUAUGCCUCAGGCAUAUUCGUUUUCAAUUGUAUGUGAUGUUAAUAGAAGUGUUUGAAGCAGAAAAAUCAAGAAUUAGAUGGUACUACUCCUUUGCUUACGGAACUCCAUUUAUUAUUGUCUCUGUUUCGUGUCUUAUUGACCCUUUUAGCUAUGGCACUGAUCGAUACUGCUGGCUCCGUGCGGACAACUUCUUCAUAUUUAGCUUUGUUGGCCCUGUGAUAACUGUGAUACUUGCUAAUCUAGUCUUUUUAAGUAUGGCAAUUUAUAUGAUGUGCCGACAUACCAAUGCCUCCAUUGCUAUGAAGAGUAAAGAGCAUUCUAGGUUGGCGAGUGCCAGGGCUUGGCUGCGAGGAGCCGUUGUUCUUGUCUUCCUGUUAGGACUUACAUGGACUUUCGGGCUACUCUACUUGAAUAAAGAAUCUGUCAUCAUGGCCUAUAUAUUUACAGUUCUAAACAGCUCACAAGGACUGUUUAUAUUUGUAUUCCACUGUAUUCAAAAUGAUAAGGUUCAGAAGGAAUAUAGGAAGUUCUUGAGAAGGCAUCUCUGGCUUUCUAAAUGUUUGGGAUGUCAGGAAAGUGGAAGUGGCAUCGGAAGUAGCAGUGGAGAAAGUAAGGAAAGGCGGACAAGUCUCUAUACUGGCUCGCAUGGAAAUGCUCAGAGUACAGAGAGUACUUCAGCAUCUUCCGCAGCUGCAGGAACUGCUGUUCCCACUCCACAUGGAACUAGCGUGGGUAGUUACGUUCAUAGAAUACCCAUAGCCCCCAUGCCCAGCCCCACACACCAAGGUUGGCCAAGAGGGAUCACUGCGGAAAAUCAAGUCGAAGUGUCCAUUGCCACUUUGCCUUAUGUUCGACCCACCCCCAGACCCACAGGAUUCCCUCCCCCUAACAUCCCAAAGUCUGCUACAACAUGGGGCCCGCUUCAUAAGCCUUCUGUUUGGAAGAACAUUUCUUUUAAGUCAUUUAGUCGUGACUCUGGACAUGGUGGUUCAGAACAGGAGGAUUCUCCCAAGGCUCAUACUACCGUUUUGACCAGUAAUUCUUUAUUACGACACAAAGAAGGCCCUAGACAAACUUAUAUUUCAUCAGCAUAUUCUCAUUCACAUCUUCAGCCUCAGAUUCAACACAUGCAGUCCGUAACUAUUCAACAUCGUAAUAAACAAGCAAAUGGUAAUAUAAGAGCUACCAGCCCUUGGAAUCAUACUUACACAGAAAUACGAGAAAGGGAAAGAGGGCAAAGGAUUAGAGAUGAGGAUCCUGUGUAUGAAGAAAUAGAAAGGGAAAGAGCUGAAAUCCAAGUUAGUGAUAUGAGUGAUGAAGAUGGACGUCGUCAAAGUGAUAUGAGUAGGCAGUCAUCAAGAAGUUAUGGUGACCACAGGCCUCUCAUUCCUUACAGUCCAGCAACUGAUAGGAGUUUUCAUACAGCCUUUGAUGCUGCGUUUAGGCAAAGGCUAAAAGAACAAGCUCAAAACAGAGCAACUGCUCAACAGGGCACUGUUGCAGUUCUAGAUGGAGAAACUGUAGUUUGCCAUUUACAGCCCGAGUACACUUCUAGGACUAUGUUGCAGCACCACCAACCUUAUAGUGAAUGUUAAUGUUAAUUGUUUUUAUGAGAUGUGGACCUGCCUUAUUUUUGAACAAUUGUGCUCAUUAUGCAUUCUCGUUUUUAUGUGUUAAUAUUGUAAAUAAAUACAGCUUUGUAAAUGUUUAUUUUAAAACCAUAUUCCAAGCGUUUUGUAUAGACAAUUCUGAAAUGUAAAAAAAUGUCUUAUUUUAAACCCUAAUGCAUAUAAGGCAUUUUGUAUAGACAAUUCUGAAAUGUAAAAAAAAAAAAAAAAAAAAAAAAAAAAAUGUCUGUGACUUUUUAUAUAAUUCUUUUUGGUAAGGAUAUGUAUAAUUAAUAAUGCUCCUGUGAUGAUGCAACCGUAGCUGUUAAUUGUAAAGCAUCACUACCUUUAAGACUGUUGAAAUAAAAUACCCAAGUGUUUCACAAACUUUUGUGAACAUAAUUUUAUUUAAUUUUAUCAGGAGACCACAUAUUCAUUAAAAUAAUACCAAAUAAAUCAAUGAUGUGCUCUCCUGUAAUCCCAUCCCAGUUCCUCUCAGUGGAGUUAAUGAUGAUUAGGUAAGAGGUUAGCCUUUCUCUUCAUAAUUAAUUUUAUUUGGUUAAUGUAAGUGUUAAAAAUUUGGAAAUUUUUGAAUUCAAAAAUUUAGAGACAGUUAAUUGUAAACACGGUAAUAAAUUUAUUUAUUUUAUACAGUUUUUUCUUACCUAAAACCCAC